GUGUCAUCAGUGGCUCAGCUGUGCCUGGAUCCCCAAUAUCGUACCAUAAAAGGUUUUCGUGUCUUGAUUGAGAAAGAAUGGAUUGCAUUUGGACAUCGCUUCAACCACCGUGGGAAUCUCUGUGCAGAUAGCCAAACAUCUUUUGCCCCAAUCUUCCUCCAGUUCCUAGAUGUCAUCCACCAGAUACAUAACCAGUUCCCGAUGGCAUUUGAAUUCAACCAGUUCUACCUGAAAUUCUUGGCAUACCACAGCAUCUCAGCACGAUUCCGUACAUUCCUGUUCAACUCAGAAUUGGAUCACGGAGGCUGGGGAGGGAUGGACAAGGAAUCUCGAAGAAUAUCCUGGGUGGGAAGUGGCAUACGAAAUUCUCAGGAUUCUGGAGCCAACUCUGAUGAUGAACUAAAUACCACCAGGAGACAGAGAUAA